UCGAAAUAGGUAUAGAAACAAAUAAGUAUUUUUACCGUCAAACGAUUGACAUGUGGCUUAGUUUGUUAUCAGUAUUACGAUGAUGGUGCAGUAAAGACGAAAAAUCAGUUAAACACCGUAGUUUGUAUUCGAAAUUUAAUGCUUCGUUUAGCAACAAGUGCUGCACUAGCGAGGGAAAUCUGUUUACUUCUUUGGUGUUUUCUCCGACCUUGUUAAAGUAAAACAAACUAGCAAACAACCCAGUCUCACGGUGCUGAGCGACUGAUAAAGACAUGCAUUUCGAAAGUGAAUUCUCUGAAGCUGAAACCAGUGCGAUAGCGAAAGAUUUUACCAGAUUGAAAGACAAGUGUUACCUGGAUCACGCGGGUGCCACAUUGUACGCGGAAUCGCAAAUCCGAGCCGCUCACGAACAGCUGGCACAACAGCUACUGUGCAACCCACACACUAGUCGCUCGACGGAAGAUUUGAUCGAUCAGGUUCGGUUCCGAUUGUUGCGGCACUUCAAUACCCGCAGCUCAGAGUAUCAAGUGAUAUUUACCUCGGGGACCACGGCUAGCUUAAAACUAGUGGCCGAAAGUUUUGCAUUCGAGGAUGGCGGUGCCUUCGUCUAUCUCAGAGAUAGCCAUACCUCGGUGCUGGGAAUGCGCGAAGUUGUGGGUACUGAUCGGAUUUGUCCUUUGGAAAGAGAUGUCUUGCUUCAAAACCUUGAUACCCCAAAAGAGUCGAAUGUGGUUGCUGGAGGAAUAUCGUCUCUGCUGGUAUUUCCUGCACAGUGUAACUUUAACGGCGUCAAAUAUCAACUAGAGCUGAUCAAGAAUAUUAAGGAUCACGGACUCAUCGGUUAUGAACGAGAACGUUUCUACAUGUGUGUCGAUGCUGCAAGUUACGUUUCGACCAGUUUUCUAGACCUCAGCAAAUACAAACCAGACUUUGUGUGCUUGUCGUUUUACAAAAUUUUCGGUUUUCCCACUGGUCUUGGGGCCCUCCUGGUUCGGCACAAUGCUGUCGAUACUCUCAAUAAAAGCUACUACGGGGGAGGAACGGUCAAGAUAGCUAUGUCCGGUAAGAAUUUUCACGUGAAACGGGACUCUCUAACCGAAAGGUUCGAGGAUGGAACGAUUGCCUUCACUUCGAUCGUUUCCCUUCUAAAUGGAUUUUAUACCUUGGAACGACUAGCUCCAUCAGCAAACGGUUUGCGAGUAAUAGAGCGAGUAUCGAAACAAACUUUUCUGCUAGCGAGAUAUUGCUAUCGACGACUGAGAGCUCUGCGCCAUGCCAAUGAUAGAGAAGUGAUCAAGCUAUACCAUGAUACGGAUUUUGAAGAUCCCAAACAGCAGGGUGCGAUUGUGAAUUUUAAUGUUUUGCAUGACGAUGGAAGUUUUGUUGGCUUUGCUGAAUUCUCCUACAUGGCUCAGGUGCAUGAUAUAAUUCUAAGAACAGGCUGUUUUUGUAACCCGGGAGCUUGCCAAAGAUUGCUCGGUUUGACGGAUGAAGACGUCCUUCGCCAGUACGAUGCAGGUCACAUCUGUGGGGAUGCCAACGAUCUCAUUGAUGGUCAACCAACAGGAUCGGUUCGAGUAUCAUUUGGCUACAUGACCCGCAAAGAGGAGAUCGAUCGACUAUUGGAUAUGAUCCAGAAAUGUUACAUCAAGAAAAUGUCUACCAAAACUUCUGUCAGCCGAUCUGAAAUUGUGCUUCAAUACAAAAACUAUCUUCAGCCACGUCUCAAAAUGAUAUGUCUAUUUCCUAUCAAAUCUUGUGGAGCAUUCAAAGUUACAUCUAGCUGGCCUCUUUGUUCCAAAGGUCUAAAAUACGAUCGUGAGUUUGUGAUUGUUGAUGAAAAUGGAAUGGCAUUAACUCAAAAAAAGUGUGUCGAAAUGUGCCUUAUCGUACCACGGGUAGAUCUGCGGGCCCAAGAGCUCAUUUUAACGCAUCCUUCGAUGGCAGAUCACAAAUUGGAUAUGUCUUCACUGAUCAAUGCGAGUGAAAGUCAAUUGGUCAAACUAUGUCAAACUAAAGUGUGUCAGGAUAAUAUACAAGCCAUCGACUGUGGGGAUGAAGUGGCCGAUUGGAUCAGCAUUGCGUUGCAAACUUCCGGUCUCCGUUUGCUACGGCAAUCAGACGAAGAAACCCGUACGUUUCGUCAAUCCACUAAAGCAAUUUCGCUCUCAAAUCAAGCUCAGUUUCUGCUGAUCAAUCAAACGUCAGUUCACUGGUUAGCAGAUCAAGUUCCUGACUGGGACGAUAUGCCUAAUGGUAAACCAUCUCUUUCAUCUUUAGUCGAUCGUUUCCGUGGAAAUCUUAUCAUUGAAACAAGUCGUCCAAUGGAAGAAAAUAGCUGGAACAACAUCGUAAUCAAUGGUCAAACGCUCUCCGUUGAUGGGCCCUGCUCUCGUUGUCAAAUGGUUUGCAUAGACCAAGCGACCGGAACAAAAACCACCGAACCCUUGAGAACGAUUGCACGCGAAUUCAAAGGAAAAAUGAGAUUUGGAAUUUACCUUUCUUUUGAUUACUUGAAGGACGGUUCGGAUAAUCGAUUAAUACAUUGCGGUAGUUCCUUAACAAUUCAUCGUUCAGAUGUACUAUAACAUUAUAUUAAAAAAUCUUUCCUAUAAAUAUGUACAUUACAACUAGCCCCCUCCUUAUUGAACUACACAAUCGGUGAUGGGUUGUUCUGGGACCUUUUCCAACGGUCGUCCUUGCUGGGCGGCCGUAACGCUGGCGAGCACCGCUUCGUAGUCGGGAAAUGCCAACGACUGCAGCCUCGAGUGGACCAAAGUCUUGUUGAUCUGUACCUCGAAAGAUCCGCGCCGUCCGUUUGUGCAUGUCACCACUGCAACACCAGGAAGACGCUCCUCUAUGAAUCGACUGAGGGCGAGACACUGGGGCUUUGAGUUGCAGAUGUUGCUGAAAGGGUGAAUUUUAGGUAGAUUAUCGAAUUUAAAAAAGCGCUUGAUAAAGAUUUCUAAAUAAAAUCUAAGCCUUUUAAUGGAAUAUCACAGUCUACGU